CUACUUAGUCUAGCCAUGCUUCUGCGAGCAGAACAAAGUUGCCUGGUUGGGCGUGGAUAAAGGUGCAAGCCCUUGCUGACCUCUUGCAUGAGACCAAAAAGGCUUGUUGCCCUCACAUCCCUAACGAACGCUGAACUGUCCAAAACCCUCCGUUACUCACUGCAAAACCCCCCUGACACCCAUCCUGAGUCGCAGCUUUCACCUCUGUCGAAUCCCAUCAAGAGUUCGUCGAAGUCUUCUGGCAAGAUUCCUUGGAAAACCGGUCCCAGUCAUCCAGAACCAAAACCUCCCAGCAAGCCAGGCACAUUUCAUCCUGCGCCCACUGCCUAUGCUUGGUACUGAUCGACAUCCGACACCCUGCUGCUGCGCACCGCUUGGCCAGCCUCUUCCUUCAGCCGAUCCUACUCCUUGCAAUUCGGUUUCCCAAACCUCUCAUUCUCUGGCCCUUGGAAACACCACACUUCGUCGCAUUCUGUGCGUUCCAGCGUCUGCUUCUCGAUUCGUUCCUGGCGUACUUUUUUUCGGCGCGCGUUAACGACAUCAUCCUCUCAAAUCAUUCGUUCACCCUGUUUGGCACAAAGAGGAGGGACCACGCACAACGACAUCGCCUCCGAGACGACAAGGGAGUCUCCCUCGUCUGAAACCCGCCCAAGUGCGCAUUGCGCCCCGUUGCCAGUAUGACAACAAAUGGCACAGGGCCGACAAGUCCUCCACAAGCUAUUGAUCGACCUUCACAACGUGGUGCACCUGCUCCUGCGCCUUCUUCGCUAGCUGCGGCUUCUCCUCCGUCCAAACGAGAGUUGGCAUCCUGGUGGAAGAAGUUCAGGAGGACAACUGAAAAGACAGACGAGAAAGGUGAGACAAGAAGAAGCGAGCGGUCGUCCUGCAAGACAACAAUACCUCUUUCUCUCACGAGCAUGUCACUAAUUCCUUGUCAGUUGAAAACGGUCCUGGGAUUUUCGGCGUGCCGCUGGCCGACAGCAUCAGAUACGCAAACGUCGCCAUCUCAUUACAGAACGAGCAGGGCGAAAGCUUCAUCUACGGAUACGUCCCUAUUGUAGUUGCAAAAUGUGGUGUAUUUCUGAAAGAGAGAGCUACUGAUGUCGAGGGCAUCUUCAGACUGAGCGGAUCCGCAAAGAGAAUCAAAGAUCUACAAACGGUGUUCAAUUCUCCUGACAGAUAUGGGAAAGGACUGGACUGGACUGGAUACACGGUCCACGACGCAGCCAACAUCCUCCGCCGCUAUCUUAACCAGUUACCCGAACCUAUCGUCCCCCUAGACUUUUACGAACGAUUCCGCGAGCCUCUCCGAGGGACACAAAUUCAAGGAUCCGAUGGCGAAAUGCGACCCAGAGACCUCAGUGUCGAUGAACACAGCGCGGCUGUGACUUCAUACCAAAAACUCAUCACCGAGUUACCUCCUCUUAAUCGACAAUUACUCCUCUACAUUCUCGAUUUGCUAGCAGUCUUUGCAUCCAAAUCGGACCUGAACCGCAUGACUGCGGCCAACCUCGCUGCCAUUUUUCAACCAGGCAUCAUUUCGCAUCCAUCCCAUGAUAUGGCGCCCGAGGAAUACAGACUCAGUCAAGACGUGUUGAUCUUCUUGAUCGAGAACCAAGAUAAUUUCCUCAUUGGCAUGUCUGGAACCGCAGUCGACGAAAAGACCCAGAAAGAUGUCGAGAGCGGUCCACCCUCUGUGCGCUCACCCAAACCGCUCGGCCGCUCAGCGUCCAACGCUAGCGCAGGCGCAGACAGUCUCAGAAAAUACGGUGUACGGCGCAACGUGUCGGUGUCUUCUCGAGGUUCAAGAGAAAGGGGCAGCCCCGGAGUUUCAAGUCCAGGCACGCCUUCUGGAGUAACCUCAUUCGCCGGAAGUUCGGGCAUAUCUCGAAGCAAUACUGUCCCAUCCAAACGAUCUCCAGCCAUUAGUUCUGGCCGCUUUCAGCGCAUAAAUGAUGCUUCGGACCCUACCGUGCCUACAGUCAGCUCACCAAUAGCUGGCUCGGGAACCCCUUCAGCCAAUGCAGAAGACUCCGGGCCGAAGUCCUCAAGAUCUGGAUCCAUCCAACCAGAUGACGUUGAAGGCAGGACAACGGCAGCAGCUACCGCAGGCGUCCAGGCGCCAACACAGCCAACAGAGCGGCAGCAGCAGUUGUUGUCCGCUGCGUCAACCGUGCCUAACCAGGCCGCUUCAAUGCCAGGGCAGACACCGAAUCAACAACCUGCAACGAACGCAGCACCAGCUCCUAAUAAGGACCGCAAGAUGCCCAACAUCUUCUCCAAGUCACCAAUUUUUGGUCCUUCAGAUCCCUCGGGUCGACAACCCAGGAAGCUCCAGAAGCGACAGAGGAUUCCGGGAGCCGUCAAUGAUAGCGCCCAAAGUUCAUUGAACUCCCUCCAUGGCGAGGAUGCAGGCACCUUCCAUACACCACUUGUCUCGCCUGAGAUUGGUAGUGCAGGCAGAAAUGACCCUUUGGCCGCUGCUCAGGGUCCAGCCUUGAUAAGUACAGCUGCCACGCCUGUUAACGAGACCCCAGGAUCCAAGCAGUUUACGGCUGGUAGUGAGGAGCAAAAUCACGCUGCUGGACUGAAGCCGCCGCCCAAAUCUCCGCCUGGCUCUACUCAUUCACGCUCGUCUUUCACCGACCAUUCGGAGACUGACAUGCUCGACGAUACUGCACCGCGGCCCGGAAGAGAAAAGCGUCGUAGUAGAUGGAGGUUCUCAUCGUCUGCGAAGAAAGGCGAGAACUCCCCACUGGCGCCACCACCCCCGAUUGGACAAAACGCAGGCGCGAGAGGAAGCAACAGCUCUCUGGGCAGUGCUAGUCGGCCAAGGAAGAGCUUCACGGGAGAUUCUCAGCAAACACAAUCAGCUUCGGUGUAUGGAGACGCGCCCUUUGGGAGUGGACAGCAAUCACUGAUUGGACCCUCGAGUCAGGAGUCGAGUGAAGCUCAAAACGCAGAGACUGAGAAGAAAGGGCUGUUUGGCAAAUGGAAGGCGAAGAUGUCUCAGACUAGAGAAGAGAGGAAUGCCGAGAAGGAAAGGGCCAAGAGUCCCCCGAGAAAUGAACAUGGUGCUUCGCGAAGCAGUCUGAAUGCUUUUGCUCAGGAGCAUCUCGCCACGAGAGGGCGGUCGUUCGACAGGCCACGAGAGGAGGUUUUGCCUGGUGUUGCAGAGAAGCCACUGGCGGAGAGUCAAGGUCAACCGACAAAAGCGGCACCUGAGCAAGGAGAGAAGUAAGGAUCGGACCAGCAUGAUGGGUUGACGAUUUGACGACUGGAGUUCUUGUUGGAUUACUUUGACAAUGUUGUACGCAUGGCGUUGAUGGAUGUUGGACAAGUACGGAGCACAAGUACUGGGCAUUAUAUAUUGGGCGAGGGUCAGGAAAGUUGUAAUGGACACACAGAAACAAUCUCGUCGAAGGUCUGCAGGCGAUAAAUUGGGCCUUAUGGACUCAAUGGGUUAAGCGAAUCCAGAUCACAACCAGAGCGCUUGGGAGCUAUGAGCAUGACAAGAAAAAGGGAUUUAUCGAUUGAUAUGCAGUGACUUGGGUCAAUGCCGUGGUCGGUGCCUGGGGCUGGCUGGGGUUUUAUGCGUUGUUUGACUAUUAUGAACGCAAAAAUGGAAACAUCCAUGAAGAGUG